AUGUCAUCACACACGUUCACAAUCAAUUCGGAAGAAUAUCAGCCGGCCGGCUACGAGGAUGCCGACGAUUUUUGUGUAAAAGUGAGGAUUUUGGGGGGGGGGGCCCGAAAAUCUCGAAAAAUUCGUGUAUCAUCUUUUAGGUGCCACGAACAAGCAGUGAGAACCGGCGGCUAAAAUAUAGCCACGUGGAAGAUGACAACGUCGACAUUGCCUACCUCAAUUUUCCCGUUCUCCGCGCCAGUCUAAUCUUCACUUUCACAUCGCUCACCGCAUUUAUAGGUCGGCUUUUGAGUUCCUACAUCUUCGAGACCGAAACGUUAUUCAAAAAGUGGUCAACUGCAAAGUUGUCGCAAAUUUUGUGCUCAACAACUUUGCACUUGAUCACUUUAUGCCGCGUCCAAAGUCUCGGAAAACCCCGCAAAUCUCGCGGAUUUUGCAGUCCAAAGUCGGCAGAAAUUUGCGGAAAAUCCGGGGUGCGCACAGCUGAACGAGUGUUACCGUACACCAUAAAACUACGGUAUUUUUUGAAAAUUUACCCAAGAAGUUUGAAAAAAAUUGCAAAUAUUCUCGAAAAAAAUUUAAAUUUUUUUUCAAAAAAAUACCGUUGAAAAAUUUACCCAAAAAAAUUUGAAAAAAAUUGCAAAUAUUCUCGAGAAAUUUAAAUUUUUUUCAAAAAAAUACCGUUGAAAAAUUUACCAAAGAAGUUUGAAAAAAAUUGCAAAUAUUCUCGAAAAAAAUUUAAAUUUUUUUCAAAAAAAUACCGUUGAAAAAUUUACCCAAGAAAUUUGAAAAAAAUUGCAAAUAUUCUCGAAAAAAAUUUAAAUUUUUUUUCAAAAAAAUACCGUUGAAAAAUUUACCCAAAAAAAUUCGAAAAAAAUUGCAAAUAUUCUCGAGAAAUUUAAAUUUUUUUCAAAAAAAUACCGUUGAAAAAUUUACCCAAGAAAUUUGAAAAAAAUUGCAAAUAUUCUCGAAAAAAAUUUAAAUUUUUUUCAAAAAAAUACCGUUGAAAAAUUUACCCAAAAAAAUUUGAAAAAAAUUGCAAAUAUUCUCGAGAAAUUUAAAUUUUUUUCAAAAAAAUACCGUUGAAAAAUUUACCAAAGAAGUUUGAAAAAAAUUUCAAAUAUUUUCGAGAAAUUUAAAUUUUUUUAUUUUUUUGAAAAAUUUACCCAAAAAAAUUUGAAAAAAAUUGCAAAUAUUCUCGAGAAAUUCAAAUUUUUUUCAAAAAAAUACCGUUGAAAAAUUUACCCAAAAAAAUUUGAAAAAAAUUUCAAAUAUUUUUCGAGAAAUUUAAAUUUUUUUGAAAAAAAUACCGUUGAAAAAUUUACCCAAAAAAAUUUGAAAAAAAUUGCAAAUAUUCUCGAGAAAUUCAAAUUUUUUUUCAAAAAAAUACCGUUGAAAAAUUUACUCAAAAAAAUUUGAAAAAUUGCAAAUAUUCUCGAGAAAUUUAAAUUUUUUCAAAAAAUACCGUAGUUUUAUGGUGUACGGUAACACUCGUUCAGCUGUGCGCACCCCGGAUUUCCCGCAAAUUUCUGCCAACUUUGGACUGCAAAAUCCGCGAGAUUUGCGGGUUUUCCGAGACUUUCAUUUUCGAGUUUUGAACGUAUUUGUUUCAGUGGCAGUGUGCGCGGCGUUCCAUUCAGAUUACAAGCCGUUCACAGAAGACGAGCUCGUCGACAACUCAAUCAUCAUCAGAUACGGCUCAAAAGUGUUUCGAUGUAGUGUACGUCGGCGAUUCUCCACAAUAAAUGAGGCAUAGGAUAUUGUAGACUCUGCUGAAACUGCCACAAGACGGUCUCCCGUCGAUUCUCAACUUGCUAGAGCUCAACGUGUGGGGCAACGUGGCGUUUCGACUGGCCACAUGUCUCACAAUCGCGAUUCGAUUCUUUCAUAGUUUGAUAUUCAGGCACUGGUCUUUUCGUCUCUUCCUAAUAGCAUUCGUUGAUUGUAUCGCUUCAGAAAUCUGCUGCUAAACGGGUACUGGAAGAACGUGCCGAAUCCGAUCUUCCGUUGGUUUUCCGAUCUGAUGCCCAUGGUGACACUGAUCGAAACGAUCGCGCUGGCCAUGUUCAGUGUGAUCACGAUGCACAGCGAUUUCAAGGAAAUCAAUCACUUUUGCAAAUCGAUAUUCGCCAUCUCGUCCGUCGUGAACAUGUUCAUUCCGGCCGCGUUCACUCUGUUACUCUCCAUGUACAGUCCGAAGGUACACAUCUCUGAAUGAUUGAGAAUAAUUGACGGAUUUCAGAUGUCGGAGGCAUUGUUCGUCUUCACAAAAACCAUUUGUGCGUGCGUCUACGGCUACUGUGCUCCACAAUAUUUUCAAUUUCACAUUGGAUGGACCAAAGACUCGCUCUGCCAUUCUUACAGUUCGUUUUUUUAUUCUUAUUCUGGUUUAAGGCUGACAAUCUACAAAACUUGACAAUAGUUGUCUUACUGUACAUUCAAGACGAUGUAUCUCAGCUGCCGGAGCAGAUAUCGAAAAGUUGUCAACUGAAAAGUUGUUGCAAAUUUUGUGCUCAACAACUUUUCAAUUGACAAUUUCCCUCUAACUUUGAUCGUUCUUGAGUUAGGAUCCAGUUUAGUGCGACCUUGUGUAACUCUUACUUUUCCGCCCUUUGCUCCUCCUAUUUCAGUGACAUAAUUCUCCAUUUCCAGUUGCUCGUGACUUUGCCCUGAUGGAGUACAGUCUGCUGACCGCCUAUCUCAUCUUCCAUCUGAUGGCUCUCCGCGACCUGUCCGGCCUUCAGUUCAUUUGUUAUCCACGCUCGUGCAGUGGAGAAUGCGAGCCGUUGAAGCCGGAAAACUACGAAAAGGGCGGAAAGUACGAGCAUUGCCGCGCGUUCGAGUACAAUCAACGACGGUUAAGGAACGCCUACAAAUGA